AUGUUCUUCAAUAUAUUUAUGACAGCAAUCAUUUGGUUCAAUCUUCUACUAUGCAUCGCUUCUGAUAAUGAAACUUUCCAUCUACCUAAUUUCGAUACUGCUAAUGAAGUUAUUACAAAUAAUACUUAUUCUGGCAUCUCAAAUACUUUUGGAUUUCUCGAUUACCUCAAUUUUGAGCCAUUAUUUAGCUCAGAAUUUCCGUUGGAUCCUUCGCAGUUCAUUGAUUUCGCUCAGCUGAGUGAAGCUGAGGAUGUAAGAAGUGAAGAAUCGAAAUCUGAAACUAAUCAGAUCACAAAUUCUCCUCAUCUUGGCUUUUCCGAUAUCUAUGAUCCCUUUGGCCACACUAAUUUGGAGUUAUCACUUAGCUCAGAUAUGGACACAUAUAGGAGUUUCUGGAGAGAUGCUAAUGAAGAAUUAAAAAUGAGUAAUGAUAACCUGCGAUAUCCUUCCAUUAGAGAUGCUCAGAAUGAAACUUCUUCCUCACUUAAUCUCAACAGCGACGAUAUUAUCACAUAUAUGCACUUACCUGGCUCACAACAAAGUGCCAUUUUUCACCAACUUGCUCUUUCCUCAGAUGACACUUCCAGUCAAAGCGCAACUGGUGAACAGAGCAACAUCGACAAUAAGUACUCAGAUUACUUGAAUAUCCUCGAUUACAAGGAAAAUGCCUAUAAAGAAUCAGAAACAGGUGGAAAAAGCUACGAAUGUCUUUAUCCCGGGUGUGCUGUGAUCCCGAAAAGUCGUAACGAAUAUGUGACACAUAGAAAAACACACAGUCAGCCCUUCAUCUAUGAAUGCAGAGCGCCCGGUUGUGGGCGAACAUUCGACCAUAGAUCAUCAUUUUGCAACCAUAAACAAACGCAUGAACCUCAUCCUCAGUGUGGGCGCUGUGGCAAACUUUUCGUUAGCAGGAAUGGACUGAAUUAUCAUAAGAAGUGCUGCCCUACAAAAUCUCAUGAACGAUGCUAUGAAUGCCUUUAUCCCGGAUGUGCUAUGGUCACGAAAAGUUACAAGGAAUAUAUAGCACAUAGGAGCACAAAAUCUCGUUAG